CUUAAAACUCUAUGUCGAAAACGAAAAUGUGUGUCGCUGGAAGAUUCUAUGGGGGGUGAUGCGAAUUAUUGAAUGCUGAUGAUUUAUUGAAGCGUACUAUGCCUGAGUAAUUGUUUCACUAUUUUAAUUAGUGUACGAUGGAGGACAGUAAUGAUUUGCAUAAUAAUAAAUUCGAUCCAAGUGCCAACCAAGAUGAGCUGAUUUUGCAGCAACAAAGAAGAAUAGAAAAAGAAAUUUCAGAGACAACGCCUCUUGUUGGUGAUAUCCAAAGCAUUUCUUCGUUGGAAAGCGAAUAUUCGGCCGACGACAUAUAUAGGCAAAAAGUACUGGAUUUAGCUAAAAAAUAUAAGAGUAUUCGGCGAACGCGACCUGACGGAAAUUGCUUUUUUCGUGCCUUUAGUUACGCCUAUCUUGAACGUCUACUCGGGAACCGCGAGGACUAUGAAAGAUUUCGUGAUUGGGCACUCAAAAGCAAGGAUAAUUUAGUGGCUCUGGGUUUUCCAGAAUUCACAGUUGAAGAUUUUCACGAUACUUUCAUGGAAGUAUUGGAUCGUGUUGGAGAAGGCAGUGAUGUAUUUUCACAGAAAGAUUUACAUAAACUAUUUAAUGAACAAGGCUAUUCAGAUUAUAUUGUAGUGUAUCUCCGCCUAAUAACUUCUGGACAGCUUCAGAAGGAUUCAGAAUUUUACCAACAUUUUAUAGAGGGAGAUCGUUCAAUUGCUGAUUUUUGUCAUCAGGAAGUGGAACCUAUGUAUAAGGAGAGUGACCACAUCCAUAUCAUAGCCCUUAGCUCAGCUUUGGACAUAGGUAUUCGUGUAAGAUGCAUGGACAGAGGAGAGGGAGUGGAGGUGAUUGCUCAUGAUUUUCCAGAAGGGUGCAGCCCAGCUGUUCAUCUUUUGUACCGACCAGGUCACUAUGAUAUAUUGUAUCCAUGAGCGCAGCUGGCUAAUCGUAUGCUAAAAGGGGCUUGAAGUAUGAUGUUCUUUUGUGCACCGUUUUUAUUUUCAUACAAAUUUUGUCACUGGAGCACCAACUGUGCUGUACAAGCAUUUUGGAUAUUUCUGUAUUCCAAAGUGUGUUCUACAGAAAAUUUGUAUUAAGUUGCUAUGUACAUUAAAAUAAAUUUUUAAUAAAAUUUUCUGUAUUGUUA